AUACUCCUUCAAAGCAGUACUCUACCGCCUGUUGUGCUAACACGUUGUACGUUUUGCUUCUCUUUGGUGCUUUCAAACAAAAAGACGUUAUUGUUCGCGAUUUUGUAUUUUCAUCGUUUCAAUCAACGAAAAGACGGACGGAAAAAAAGUUACCUACGUUAAAAAUUGGAAACUGUAUUCACUAGAAAAAAUAUUAUGAAUUCAGAAAUAGGAUGAAAGAGAAUUAGAAGAAUGCUUGGACUUCUACAUUGGUGGAUCCUAACGUUAAUGUUGUCCUACACUAAUGCUGAAAAUGAUGCGAACCUGAAACCCACAACCUAUUUCAAUAUUCAUUUACUGUCGAGAAAUAUCAGCGAUGAGAUUACCAUUGAUCCGAAGCUUACUAGUCGUCAUUCGUCGAAUUAUUCGUUUCACAAAUUAGUCACAUUACCACCUCGACCGCCUGGUCAUUAUUACCAAAACUCCAGAUGGGGACCAUUUUUUGAAGAAGGAACCGAGCCAUUCAAUAUAACCGCCAGAGUGGGCACGACGGUGCGAAUGAAUUGUAAAAUCGGACUUCUACACGAUAAAACGGUAACAUGGGUUCAUCGGAAAGGCGACACAAUUCAUCUUCUAACGGUUGCUCGACAACCUUACAGCACGGAUCAACGCAUUACGCUUAGUUUUCGUUACCCAAACAACUGGAGGUUGCAAAUUACAUCUGUUACGCAAAGAGACGACGGUCUAUACGAAUGUCAAGUAGCCACUCAUCCUCCGACCAUUAAAAGGGUUUAUCUUAAAGUUACAGCCCCCGAACUGAAAAUUAUUGACGAAAAAGGUAAUAUAAUCUCCGAGCGAUAUUACAAAGCUGGCAGUCACGUCGAACUAUCUUGUUUCGCUGCUCAAAUACAAUCCUCGGUGGACACGCUAACUUGGUGGAAAGCCAACACUAUACUUGCUAAAGGAAUCACGACGAACGUAAAUGCUUCUACCAGUACUGCGGUUUCUAUACUCACAAUUCCACAAGCGCAGAGAAGACAUUCUGGAAAUUAUACUUGCAGCGUGGGACAGCUGACAGCUGCUUCAGUUUCUGUACAUAUCUUAAACGGCGAAUUACCAGCCGCAGUUCACGAUGGUAGCUCUGGAACAAUAGCAUCGUGCUUCAUAGCGACCUGGUUAUUAACAUUAUGCUGUUUUAUCGGUGCCGAUUGCAUACUUUGCAGGUGACAGUGACACGAACCUCUCUUUUGAUUCGCUUCCGUAUCGAAUGUUCUCGAUAAAAAAGCGAAUUAAAAAAAAAAUCAACUUGAAUUACCUAUUUGUAAUGUUAAUACGUGUUUUUUUUUCUAUAAUAAAAAAUAUUUAUAAAAAUCCUACUUAUAGGUUUAUUUAUACUAUUAUGUACCUUGUAUUUUCUUUCAUUUUCUUUUUUCUCUUCUUAUAUUCAUUUUUUAAAAGAGCAUACCUUGGAAUGUUUCGAAAUUGUGAUGGUUUUACGACAUUAUUGUUUCAACCUGCAAGAUUAUAAAAUAUUUUUUAAACAUUUAAAGCGUACCUAUCUUAACUAGGGUACUAUAAUCUUAACUAUAUCAGUUGUAUACGUAGGUAAUUGUAACUUCCACAACGUGAUUUCAAAUUUGUACGAAAAUCAACGUUCAUUUCUGUAAAUUAAUUUAAAACUUGCAUUUGUAUAAUUGAUCAUUGUAAAGUUUCAAAUUAUAAAAAUAAAAAAGUACUUACAUAUUUUAUAAA